AUGAAGCUUUGCCUGCUGAUCGCUACAGCCGUGGCAUUUGCCACGUGCUAUGCUCUCCCGGUACCGAAGGAAGAAGUAUUUGCUGUCUACCCGGUGAACAGUGCCUUGGUAGAGCACUCUAGUGACGUUCCUGUCGAAACUAAACCGGAACAGGUAAACCUACGGGCAGAAGGUUCUACGGCCAAAGAUCUCACUGAAGAACAGAAAGUUGUACCAACAGAAGAAGCUACUGUCCAAGCUGGAAAAGAUGAAAAUAAGCCAGAAGAAUUGAAAACUGUAGCGGAGAAAUUGAACGAAGAAGAAUUGAACGAACCGACCUCAACCAACGAUGAAGUUCCUAAAGAGGUCAGUCCAGUGGGUGAAGUAAAAUCUGCUCCAUUAAAAGAAUCGACAACAGUAAAGGACGAUGAAAGUUCCGUAACUGCUGCAUCGACUGAUAAUGUACCAACGACUGUAGCAAACAAUGAUGAACCACUGUUGGAAGUCACUCAAUCUGUUGUUGCUGUAGCACCAGAAGUGGCUGUUCCGGAGACCGUAGCCGUAGAAGCAACACUGACGGAAAAAUCGGCUACUGCUGAGAAGGUGGCAAACGAGGAUACUAAAGUUGUGCAGAAAACGCAAUCGGUUGAGAGUGCUGUAGUACAAGAGAAAAAAGUGACUAACGAUGAGGCCAACAAGAAGGAUGAGGUAAAGUCAGUGGAGUCAUCAGUUAAGAAAGUACCUGAGGAAAAGGCCGAAAAGCUCACAGUAGAGUCUAAGCCUGAUGUACCGUCCGAAUCGGCCCAAGCACGUUCUUCAACAAGCGAUCUCCCGGCCGAGCUACCAAAGACCGUCGUCAAGCCGGAAGAGAAGCCCACUGAUCAGGUUACCGUGAAAGUGGUCGUCGAACCAGUAGAAGAAAAGAAACCCGUCGUAGAGCAGGCUCAGGAAGUGAGUAAAUCUGUCCCAGAAGUAAACUCUCCUACCGUACUCACUGAGGUUGCCGGGCCAGCUCUGGCAACUGCCAAUGUUUUAGAACCGCAAACCGAAGGCAAAGAGGAAGCAAAGCCUACUAAAGUUCGUGCUGCUCCAAUCGUUGAAGGUUUGACGGUAUCGCAACCGGUAGAAGCGGAACCAGCCGUUACCAAAAUUCACGUCACAGUCAUUCAGGAAGAGGUUGAGCUUGAAGGCAAGAACAUCGCCCAGAAGGAAGCGGUCCAGAAUGACGCACCAGUGACAGAAGCGGAAGAUAAAAGUACCGAAGCAACGGUUACAACAACUGCCACUCCUGAAAAGGAAGUAGAAAGCGAUGAACCGGUGGUGGUGAAAGCUGCCGAAGCUAAAGAUGAGUUGACCAACGAUAAGCCAAGUGUCGUUAAGAGUGUGGAGCCAGUCGUUCAAAUUAAGCCAGUGGCGGCAACAACGGUCGAAGCUAUCAAGGAAGAAUCGCCCGCACGAUCAGCCACUACUGAAACUGUUGUGAUAGUGGUACCCAGUGUAAAGUCGGAAGAUGUCACCACUGUAGUGGCUGUGGCUGAGAAUACCGAUAAACCUGACGAAAAGGAUGUUGCGGGAGGAACAACAAAGACAACGGUAGAAGAAAAACCUGCAGAAAAACCGGAAGUUCGUUCUGCUGCUGCAGCCGAAGAGCCAGCAACGACGGUAAAGGUUGAGGAACAGCAGGCAAAAGCCGUUGACGGGAGUUCUCAGCCGGGUGCAAGUGAAAGCUCGGAUACCGUCAAAGAAGAAGCUAAGGAUCAGAGUGACAGUAUCAGUACAACGGUAAGCAGCGUCACCGAACUGGACACUACUACCGUCAGCCCUGUAACCACCACCGACCCGGAACCCGUUCCCACACCGGCAAAGCAGAAGGCCAAGAAGCAGGUUCCGCCAAAUCUUAAAGGAUAUAGCAAGCGGCUAAAGUUGCAGGAGGCGCAACGAAAGCAAAGUGGCGAUAACGAGUAAUAGCGAUCCGUUAACCGUUAGCAGUUAAUGCUAAUAAUUGCAGAUAAUGCAGCUCAAGGAAGC